CGAACGCGCCCAUUAUCACCCCAUUUCCUGUCCGACGGAAUCAUGUAUUUCCGCUGUUUUCGAUUGACAGUUUAGUCUUCCGCAUAAUAUGCCAAAGACAGCAGGGUGUAAGAAGAAAACGACAGGUAGCUAGCUAUACAAUUAAAGCUGAGGCAGGGAUGCAUCUGUCAUCCAUCCGCAGUGAUCGUCACUGGAUGUGAUAAGUAGGCGGGCCUUCUUCUGACCAGUCGACGGGGCCAAUACCUGCAAGCAGCAGGUGUGGGCACACCCCUUGAGUGGUGGGCGUUGCCAAAGCUACUCGGCCUUUACUGUCAUUGGCUGUGACUGGGGGAGCAACCAAGUAGCUGACAGACGCUUCAUUAGUGGGUGGACCCAGUCCAGAGUGAAAGGCGUGGCCAGUUAUGGAGAGCAUAAGUGGUAGCAGCGUGGACUCGAGAAACACCCUUCGGGGCAUAAACACCACACCUCUCUUGGCCCGCAUAGAGUCUUAUGAGGCGAGCGAGAAGAAGUGCAUCUCCGAUGUCAGGAGGACAUUCUGCCUCUUUGUCACCUUCGACCUCCUCUUCAUCACCUUGCUCUGGAUCAUUGAGCUCAAUGUGAAUGGAGGAAUCGCGACGCGGCUCGAUAAGGAGGUCUUACACUAUGACUACCACGCCUCAUUCUUCGACAUAUUUCUCCUGGCUGUGUUACGGUUUGCAGCCCUAAUCUUGGCCUAUGCUGUUUGUAAACUGCGUCACUGGUGGGCCAUUGCGAUAACCACAGCAACCACAAGUGCUUUCCUGAUUGCAAAAGUCAUUUUAUCGAAGCUCCUUUCCCAGGGGGCCUUUGGGUACCUGCUGCCCAUCAUCUCUUUCAUCCUGGCCUGGAUAGAGACGUGGCUACUAGACUUUAAGGUUCUACCUCAGGAGGCUGACGAUGAGAACAGAUUUCUUUCUAUAAUGGACGUCCCUGAAAGGACCCCCUUCGUGCAACCAGGACCACUUUCAGAUGGGCAGUUCUACUCCCCACCCGAGUCUGUGGCAGACUCUGAUGAGGAGCUGUUGGAUGAUAAACAUGACCCGGAGAAGGCUCUUAUUUAGCAGAAGUACCAGUGGUCAUCCUGGAAGGUGAAACCCAUUUGAAGAUUCACAACCCUGAGUGACUGCGUCUAAAGUUACUCAAGUGCUCACAGCAGCUGCCCCAUCUAACCACGGGGAAGACUUACGACCACUGCAUGUUCUUUAUUCCUCCAAUGAGAGCUCUGUAUUCCUCAGCCUAUCACCCUCUACACACCUGCUUCAUGUCCCGUCGCCUCUUCACUCAAACUUCCAAACAAUUAUUUUUAAGAACUGAGUGCAUACUGUUUUGUUUUUGUUGCCAGAUAUAAGUUCCUGAUGUGCUUAUUCUUGUAUCUCUUGCUGAUAUGGUUAGAAGCUUCAAAAUCAGUUCAGAAUUGAAGUUUGAGAAGUCCGCAUGGGCCAAUUUCAAGUGUGGCUAUAGGGCUGUUGAGCUCUAAGGAUGGCACUUGAAUAUAAAUAGAUUACUCAGAAAAAAAUGUGUUGAUAUUAAGCAAACUCCUUCGGACAGCUGUCAAGGGGGGAAAUAUAGAUUACAUAACCAACACAGCUGUGCCUGCAUAUGUAACUACUUCAGUUGGUAAUUAUAUAUGUCUGAAUGCAUGACUUUGGGAACUCAAUGACAAUGUUUUUUGAUUUCUUCUUAUGACUACCCUCUCUUCAUCAUAGGAAAGGAAGAAAUUGUAUACAGAACAUGUUUUUAAUCACUGGAAAGUGUUUAUACCGUUUGUUUUCUCAACUGACCAUUUGGAAGUAGAAGGGCAUUAGCCCGGAAGCUUCUUAGUAAACUUUCCACUUGGCUUUGCAAAAUGAAUCAAUACACACAUUUUAAAAAAUGGCAGAAUACAUUUCCCAUGAAUUCAUAUUAGAGUUCAACACUGGUAUCUUUUACACCACCUGGAAGUUUAAUACUUUUAAUCAAAAUAUCUGCAUGGUAUGUUUUCGAAGUGAACCGUCCCAAAGCUUUUUAUGCAGAAGGAGACUAAUGGAGUUUGUGCUCUUAUCAUGGUGAAUGCAGUUCCACACAUGGGAAUACACAAACAAACAGCUAACACAGAGGGAACCGUUUAAUGUAGUUACUCCCACAACAAUUUCCAUUCACCAUGACAAGACUAUGAAAAUGGCAAUAAAACAUGCUUCCUCAGACUAUUACAGAUCCCAGUUGUGUGUACAUAUCACCAUGGAAAUAACAUGGGUAGGAUGUAGAUUUUACACUGAAAUGUAUAUUUGAUAACCUUUUAUUAGGUUAACCUCUGAAAAUGAAUGUGUGUUGGCAUGUAAUGCUCUUAACUUGCAUUCAUAAUUAGUGGAUGCUGAUGCAUGGACCUGUAAUCAAGAAUUUCAAUGCGAUCAGUGGUAGAUCCGCAUAAUAGUGUGCUUAACAUUUUAAAGUGAUUUCCGAUUGAGCCUGAAAGAGUUUACAGCACUUACCGUGCGUGAUUGCAGUUUCCGUGAACAUGGGAACAUUGGCUUUUUAUAAAAGGUGCAUACUGUAGACUACAAAGCGCAAUCGGAUUGAAUACCCACUAAAGAGAGUAUAGUCUUCACUUUUAUUUUUUAUUUAACUUGGCAAGUCAGUUAAGAACAAAUUCUUAUUUGCAAUGACUGCCUACCCUGGCCAAACCCGAACCCGGACGACGCUGGGCCAAUUGUGCGCCGCCCUAUGGAACUCCCAAUCACGACCGGUUAUGAUACAGCUUGGAAUCAAACCAGGGUCUGUAGUGGCACCUCUAGCACUGAGACCGCUGCGCCACUCAAUACAGUAAAAUAAUAAGGUUCACCAUUCAAGACACCAAGUUCAUUUUCACAGUGGCAAGCCUGUGUGCAUUUAGGAAUUAAUGGUUGCUUACCACGUUUGAUCAAGAAUUACAUUGCUUGUCAAUUCAAUUAAGCAAUAAUCUGUAUCUAGCUUUAUGAGUUAUUGGUUUUACUCGUCUUUGUGUUUAGUUUUGGAUUAAAGUGAAAAUUGUAUGAUUUGUUAAUGAUGGUAAUGUUCUGUUCUUAAUGUUCUGUUUUUGCAUUUAAUUCGAUUUUAAUACAAAUAAAUUGCACAUUGUUAAAGGGC